AUGGGCAUUCUCAAGGCUGUAUUCAUGUUGACCACAGGUGGCAGCCCUGAUGCCAUAUUCGACUAUUGGGUUCAUUUCUGGCAAAACCUCCAACUCAAUAUCGGUAUCAUCGCGGCCUGCGCCUCCUACCUCAAACCCCUCUUCGGUCGCCUCUUGAAGAUAAACAGCUCAGUCGACUACUACCCCAGCAACGAACGCUACGGCCGUAGUGGUCAGACGCCCCUCGGCGCCGGUGCCUCUCGCAACACCCCUUACGCGAGCGGUAACAGGAGGACCAGCAGAAUCCCGCUGGAUCGCAGUUUACAUGAUGAGUUCGAGUUGCAUACCAAGGAAGUCUUCAGCGUUACUGAAAGAAGGCCGAUGUUCCGCUGA